UGUCCGACGCCCCAUCCACCAGCAGGGGGGCCCCACAGCACGGAUCAGGACGGGCUCUGAGGCUGGGCUGCAGCAGAGCCACUCCACUUUAAACAUGUCAGCACAAUUCGGCUUUUUGAGGAUCACUGAACUGCGGCGUCUUCUGCAGGAUGAAGAGAAAUGCAACGCAAUAAUCCGAUAUAGCGAAAAGUUUCAGAGUCUGAAGAGCGCCAUUGAGAACAUUUUGGUUUCCAAUCAUAGAUUGUCAAAAGCCAGUCUUUUUCAUAAACCAGCCUUUAGAGAUACAAAGAGGCUGCUUGCAAUGAAAUACAAGGAGUUAGAGAAGCUAAUGGGGAACAUCAGAGCAAAACUAAGUUAUCUGGAUGAAAAGUACACAGGCCUACUUCAUAUGGUUCAACUGUCCCUCGUGAAAAAUAUAUUAAGUGUAGAGCAGGAAAGUGAGGCUCUCCUACAGAGGUUUGUGGACGGGGAAACACCUGUGGGCGACUUCCUAGAAGGGUUCCUACACCUGCGGAAACUCUACCACGUCCGGCAGGUCUUGAGGAACGUAACCCGAGACAUGGUCAUUACCCGACGGACCCCUGGGAGCCCAGCGGGCGUCGGUACCACCGGAGACCCCCGGCGGUUCGUCCCCUCGCCCGCCGGGCCCCUCUCGCACCCCCGCUGCGAUCGCUUCUGCAGCCUGGCGCCGGUCUUGGUCUUACCCGCCAUCGGCCGGUCCCUCGCCCCCCUUCCCCUCGUCCAUCCGCCGUCGGGGGCCCUCGGACGCCGGGAGGCCCCGCCCCGGGGGCAGGGCGGGUCCUACUGGGUCCACCACCACCACCACCACCACCAUCACCUCCACCACCACUAGCAGCGGCUGCAAUAUUCCAGGAGGGGGAGGAAACCCGCUCGCCUUCAGAAACCCCAGACCCCCCCUGGGAGGCGGGGCCCAGGGCCCGACUGAGGCUAGGGGCCUCGGACCCACCUGAUCUUGGUCUGUUUUCAUUCAUCUUAAUGUAUUGAGUGUUUUAUUAUGUUGCUUGCGGUGCUCUGUUUGUGUACUGUGGAGUUGAUAUGGUAAAGAUAGUUUAGUUAACUGUAAGAGGCCUCUUCAUCCUAUCUGAUGUUGUGACAGUGUUAUGGCCCUUCUUACUGUACUUGUUGACAGGGUUAGACACUCUUAAACUGGUUGGCUUGGUUUAUGCUUUGGGUUUACUGGUACAAACCUGUACUGUGCCCUGUGAACCUGAUAUCUGUGCUCAUCUGUCUCCAGAGAGUCCUGCCAAGUCUGCUUAAUAGCCUAGUGACACACUUCAACAUAAACCAUACCAAACACCGCCCUAAAACGAAAAACAUUGACAUUAUAUCCCUAAAGGCCGGACUCUUUUGAGUGCGAUGAAUCAUGUUGAAGAAACGUGAGCAGACCUCCGCACAUCCUCCUAUAGAUAGUUGUUUGAUGAACUCAUCCAUUCAUCCAUCCGACCAGCAGCGUGGGGGUACAGGAGGUCAUUCGGGUUCGUGGGGGUUACCCCGAGUGCAUCUGGCCCAGACAGGACCCCCAUGCUAAUACCCCCGAAGAACACCCACUACAGUUUCACGAGUGAUCAAUAGCAAGGCGAACGGAGAGAGCUUUUGGUUACCCGCCUGACUUUUGUUACACCGAUGUCAGCGGCACCUAUUAUUCUGCAGGGUUUAAAUUGACCAAUUUUCUCGUCUGUCAGCCAAUGAAUGAAUUCCCCUUCUGCUCAAUGGCUCGGCCGUCUAAGAUGGGCUAAUGUGCUUAUUUGUUUUGUUCGGUAAAUGCUGGGAUUAAAUUCUCGCUUCCAAACUGCGAAACACGUCAACUAUUUACAUAAAUUGGUAAGGAAAAAAAUAUAUAUAUAAACAUACACACAGAACGCGGCAACUGAGAAAUAUAUUGUAAGUAUUAGUACAAAAUGAUGACACUAUGACAAGCGGUAACAUCUAUGGAAUAAGUAUGGUCCAUUUCUAGAAUAAAUAACAGUUGUUCCAUCAUUGAUUCUGUCCUUUCAACAGACAGCCCUGGAAAUAAAUAAAAUGGCCCUGUUGGAAUA